UACAGUAUCAUACAUACCCAUGCAGCACCGUAACUGAUCAUCUCAUCGGCAAGCUCGCACAAGCACGUUGCGGUGCCGGUAACGGGAUGUCCCUUUGAAGAGCCGCUGCGCCUCCAAAUCAGCCCCACAAAGCACCACCAACACCUCAGCAUCCAAGGUACAGUACAGUACAGUGCCGUCUCAUACAGUACCCCUCUCAACAAACCACCACCAUAACCACCACCGCUGCCAACUCACACAAUGGCUAACAAAUCCAUAUCACAAGCGGACGUGGAAAAGUACUGGGAAAUUUUUAGCGCCCACUCGAAAGACGGCCAACGAAUCACGGGAGACCAAGCAUUUACAAUGCUCAAGAACUCCGGGCUGAACGAUGAUCAGUUAGCCAAGAUUUGGGAUCUUGCCGACGUCGAUCGGGAUGGGGACCUAGACUUUGAGGAGUUUUGUGUUGCUAUGAGGCUAAUUUUCGAUCUUGUUAAUGGGGUGGGUUUCUGUCUCUAUUCCGACGCCGAGCUAUGGGCGAAGAGCUAACCCGUUGGGAGGGUGGUUGGCGUAGGAGUACAAGCAAGUUCCAAAGAUCCUUCCCAGUUUUCUCAUUCCGGAGUCAAAAGCACACCUUGUCACGGCCUCUCAGGCACUGUCUGAUGAUCCCCCGCGGUUUGAGCGGUUCGAGGACGAUGAGGACGACACGCCAGGGCUCAAGGAUGGGUUCGAUUGGUAUAUGUCUCCCGCGGACAAGGCGAGGUAUGAGGGGAUGUAUUCCGCUAAUGCUGGGGAGCAUGGGCAAUUGAGAUGUGUGUGUGUCCGGUAGCUACCCUGGGUAUUUGGUUUCACUGAUGGGGGUGCGGUAUCUAGUCAAUGCCCUUGACGAGUUGUAUGAGGGGAUCAACGUUCCCGACACGGAUAUCCGAUUUGCUUGGUACGGCUAUAAGUCUAUAAGUUUUUUUUUUUUCUCCUUUUUUUUCCUCCUUUUUUUUCUUGGGAGGCUGCAUGUUCUAAUUGCUUGCUCACUUGCUUCAGGAACUUAGUCAACCCUUCCGCCUCGGCAGCGAUUGGAAAGGAUCAAGCGCUGGCGUUUCUUCAUAUACUCAACAAUCGUCACGAGGGCUACCGUAUCCCCCGCUCCGUUCCUGCGUCUCUCCGUGCAACCUUCCAAAAGAACCAAAUCAGCUAUGAUCUUGACAAGAACGAUGAUAUCAUUUCUAGGAACAAGCUUGGGAAGGGGAGGGACAUGAGUACAAUUACGGGAAAGAAGGAAGCCUUUGGCGAAAGCUAUCUCACUCGGCUGGGAGUCGGUGGAAGGGGAAACUACAAGCAUUCCGGUAGCACAACCCUCCGGAGUGUGAAGAUGUAGUUGCACUAAUUGUGAUUUCGGGGCAAUAGGUACCGAUUUCAGCGCAUCUAGGGACCAAGACUGGGAAGAAGUCCGCCUCAAGCGGGAACUUGGGGAACUCGAAACAAAGAUUGCCGAAACCGAAGCCAUGGCCGAGAAGCGACGAAACAGAGACAAAUUCGGCGGUGGCGGGUCAAAAGCUGCGCUGGUCAAGCGUGAGCUCGAACAGAUGUUAGACUACAAGCGGAGGACACUCCGUGAAUUGGAAGAGGGCGGGGGGCUGGCAAAGAACGGGGCGAACUUAAAAGGUGCAAAAGAGGACCUGGAGGUGGUUCGAGAGCAGGUCAGUGCCUUAGAGCAACAUUUGAAAUCCAGGGAAGACGUCUUGGCUGGGCUGUUGAAGGAGGUUGAGGAGGAGAAGGCGAAAAGAUAGUGGGAUUUGGUAUACCGGUAUCCCUUUUGUUUUGGUUCUUGUUUCUGCCGUCUCUAGUGCUCCCAUGUUUGGGUUUCUCUGGGUCUAGUCUCUUCUGUGGCUGUUGGUUGCAUCUAAUGUAUCAGACCUGCGUGUGGCAUU